AUGCUGCGUGGAUCUAUGCAAGUAGUUCUCAUCUUUAUUUUUGCACUCAUUUUAAGAUGGUGCGUUACUUAUCAUUCGUACAGUGGCCAAGAAAAACCUCCUAUGUAUGGAGAUUAUGAAGCUCAACGACAUUGGCAAGAAAUAACUCUAAAUUUGCCUAUCCUAAAAUGGUACGUCAAUAUGACGGACAAUGAUCUUGAAUAUUGGGGCUUAGACUAUCCUCCCUUGACUGCGUAUCAUAGUCUCUUAUUAGGUUAUAUCGCUAAUGCGACUAAUCCAUCGUAUGUCAAAUUACACAAAUCUAGAGGAAUAUCUUCUCCAGACCAUAAAUAUUUCAUGAGAAUGACUGUUCUUUGUUCAGAUGCUAUGAUUUUUUUGCCAGCAAUGAUAUGGUAUGUUAUGAGUGUGCAAACAAAAAAAACUACUCAAACAGAGUACAAUAACUUAUUUAGUUUUGAAAAAAAAGAUUUUAUUCUUUUAAGCACAUUAAUUUAUCCUGGUAUCAUAAUGAUUGAUCAUGGUCAUUUUCAAUAUAAUUGUAUAUCGUUAGGAUUUUUUGUAGCUGCUGUAACUGCUAUUUUGAAUGAUUCUUUUAUUAAGAGUUCAUUUUUAUUUGUAUUAGCAUUAAAUUAUAAGCAAAUGGAAUUAUAUCAUUCUUUGCCCUUUUUCUUCUAUAUACUUGGAAAGUGUAGAAUUAGUAAGACUAAAUCUUUGUUUUUAUCGGUCUAUAUACUAAUUUGUGUCUCAUUAAUAACUGUAAUAACAUUUACUAUUAUUUGGUUACCUUUCCUUAUAGAUUGGAACACUUUUUUACAUACGAUUUUACGAUUAUUCCCAUUUAACAGAGGUGUAUUCGAAGAUAAAGUUGCUAAUGUAUGGUGUACAAUUAAUGUUCUUUAUAAAUUACGUAAUACUUUUACAAAUGAGCAAUUAGCGCAAAUCUGUUUGAUAAUAACAACAAUUGCUAUUCUACCGAUUUGUAUUAAUUUAUAUAUAUUUCCGAGAAAAGAAAAAUUUAUAAUUUCUCUCAUAAAUUCAGCCUUAGCAUUUUUUUUGUUUUCUUUUCAAGUUCAUGAAAAGUCUAUUCUUUUGGUAGCAAUUCCAGUAUUACUUCAUUUUCAUAAUGAACCUUUAGCAUGUUUUUGGUUAUUAUUAAUUUCUCAUUUUAGUAUGUUACCAUUGUAUGUAAAAGAUAAUUUAUAUCUUGCUUACUUUGUAACAAUAAUAUUUUAUUUUAUUUUUAUCACUUGGAUAUGGUCAGAUCUAUUUGUCUAUACAAAUGAAUGUGAUAAAUGUGAAAGAAAAUUGUGUAAAGCAAAACCAAAUAAUCAGAAGACAUCAAACUAUAAAGCCAAGUGCAGUAAAUUCUUUUUCAAUUUCAUAUCUAACUUAAAGUAUUAUUAUGGAUAUAAUUUCAUUAUAAAAAUUUUAUUUUACAGUUCUUUACUAGGAAUAUUAAUUUUAUCCUUUUUUAUUCGUUAUUUAAAGCCACCUAAGAAAUAUCCAGAUCUGUUUGCAUUAUUGAUAUCUGUAUAUUCAUGCAUUCAUUUCUUUCUUUUCUUUUUGUAUUUCUGUUAUAAACAAUUUAUACUUACAGAUAAUAAUUCUGCAAUCAAAUUUUAUUGCAAGUGGUAUAUAAAAGUAAUUUUCAAAGUUAAAUCUUCAGAGGUAACCGAUCAAUCUGAUGGUUGUGGUGCUAAGUUUUCUGUGGUUGUCGUUUCUAAUGUAUUUGAAGGCAAAACUUUAUUACAACGACAUAGGUUGGUAAAUUCAGCUCUAGAAGAAGAAUUGAAAACAAUCCAUGCAUUUUCACAAAAAACUCUAACAUCAGAACAGUGGAAGAAACAACAAACUUAA